GGAAACUUGAAAUAAAUGAACUGAAAGCUCAAAUAGACAUGUUGAUCUCAAGGUCCCAUUUAUGUUGCUUGAUUUUCUUUUCAAGUCUUAUCAGCAUAGUUAUAAGCCAAACUCACAUGUCAUCUCCUAAAGAUCAUACUGCCUUAUUCAUAUUUGGAGACUCAUUAUUUGAUGCUGGCAACAAUAAUUAUCUCAAAAACCCUAUCGGCAGAGCAAAUUUCUGGCCGUAUGGCGAGACGUUUUUCAAGUAUCCUACCGGAAGGUGCUCUGAUGGUCGAAUAAUUCCAGAUUUUAUAGCUGAGUAUUUGAAUCUGACAUACAUUGGACCGUAUCUUGAGCCUGGUAAACAUAAUUUCAAAAAUGGAGUAAGUUUUGCGUCAGGAGGAGCUGGUGCUCUUGAUGAAACUCAUCAAGGAAAGACGAUCAGCCUUAAAACUCAGCUGAAAUAUUUCAAGAAAGUGAAGCAGCAGAUGAAACAAAAAUUAGGUGACAGAGAGACCAAAAAAUUGUUGUCUAGAGCUAUUUACUUGUUUAGCAUUGGAACCAACGAUUAUUUGUCUCCUAUUCUGACAAAUUCGAGUUUGUUACAAUCCUACACUAAACAAGAAUAUGUAGGCAUGGUUAUUGGCAACCUCACAAGAGUCCUCCAAGAAAUACAUGAGAAUGGUGGAAGGAAAUUUGGAUUUGUUAGUGUGGGAGCAGUAGAUUGUCUACCGAACGUGAGAGCAUUUAACUCUGAAAAAUCGGGUGGCUGCGUGAAACAAGUUACGAAAAUCGUUAAAUUACACAACAAACAGUUUUCUAUUGUCAUGAAACAGCUACAGACUCAGCUGCAUGGAUUUAAGUAUUCUGAUUUUGAUUUCUACAAAUCAUUAAGUGAAAGAAUCAAAAAUCCUUUCGGAUAUGGGUUCAAGGAGGCAAAAUCGGCAUGCUGUGGCAGAGGACGAUUCAGGGGAACGGGAAAUUGUGGAGGGAAGGGAAAUUUGUUCGAAUUAUGUGACAAUCCCGAUGAAUAUUUGUUCUAUGACGGACAUCCUACAGAGAAGGCUAACCAUCAAUUUGCAGAGCUGUUAUGGAGUGGGAGUACGGCGUUUACGAGGCCUUGUAAUCUUGAACAAUUGCUUCUCUCUGAAAAUCUUGUAUUAGAAUGAUGGGUGAUGAUUGUGAAAAGUUUUUGAAUCAAGACAUAAGAGUAAAUUAGAAUCGCAAGUUCUAUGUCCUGUAAUUUCAGGUUUUUUCUAGGGAAAAGGUUCUGUGUUGCCCCUAAUAUUAAAAUUGGAGUAUGAACAAGGCCCUGCUAAUAUAUUUAUCUUAAAUAUACUCUAAAUUUUUUAAAAA